CGCAUCUUCGACGUGCUGGUGGAUGGCCCUCUGAGCUAGCCACCUUCACCCCGUCACCCGCCGCGGCCAGACGAUCAGCACACUGCAUCCAUGCCCGACGAACACCUUGUCGUGCCCCAUGCGAAUCCUGCUUCUCCACGCUCUGAACCCGCUGCGCCCCCGUACCCACGACGCUCUCCAGGCCUCUCUCACAACCUCUCCGCCUCCACGCCAGGCGCAGCCUUUCCCGUAGAUGGCAGAUGGUCACCGCCACCUGCUGCACGCCUACACGAACCCGCUCUCCACCACCGGCGUCUCUAGCGAUCAGAUCGCCAACGGCCUGUUUCUGAACUCCCUCCUCUCACAUCUCGCCGCCGCCCAGUCGUCACCGCAAUCCAAACCGACCCGCGGCUCCGCGAGCCAGGAUACGCGCGGCAUGUACGGCCAGAAUCACCAGCAGGGGCACAACUCCCGUAUCAAUGGCGCGCCGGGCCGUCAGCAGGCCAUGCCCAUGCUGUACAACUUUCAGCAGCAGUCGGGCCAUCCGCACCAGACCCAUGCGCAGCACCACCAGGCCAUCCAGCAAGACCAUGGCGGCGCGGCCAUCAUGGGCCACUCGGCCUUCUCCAGCGGUGUCUUGCCGAACGCCAGUCCCUUCUCCGCGAGCAACCUGCAGAACGGCCACACGUCCUCCUCCCGGGCGGGCCAGACACAGCAAAUCACCGAGCACUGGGCGGAGCAGCUGCGGUUGCACAAAGAGGCCGAACGGGCCCACGCCACCAUGACGGAGCAACACCAGCCCCACUUCUAUGCGAGGCUUAAGGCUGCCGAGAACAGAGGCAUUGGUGGCACGUCCCUGACGGCCGGCGAUUCGGGGCCCUCGGCCGACGGCGAGGACGAUAGGAGAAGACCGUGGAGCCUGGAGAAGACCAACAAACGGCAGGAUUGGUAUAACCUCGACAUGAGCGGCCAGGGCCUGCGCGUCCUUGCUCCGCCCCUGUUCGCCUACGAGUUCUUGCAGGAGCUCUACAUCGCGUCCAACCGGUUGACGUAUCUUCCUGCCGAGAUCGGCAGGCUCCGGCACCUGCGGCACCUCGACGCCUCCAACAACCUCAUCUCCGAGCUGCCCCCCGAGAUUGGCAUGUGCACCAACCUCAAGUCGCUCUACCUGUUCAACAACCAGAUCCGCGAUCUGCCCUCCGAGUUCGGGUCACUCUACCUGUUGGAUAUGCUCGGCAUCGAAGGGAACCCCCUCGAUCCGUCCCUUAAGCAGGAGAUCAUGGGGGGCGACACAAAGAGCUUGGUCAACAAGCUCCUUCUCAAAGCUCCAGUGCCCAUUCCGCCCGCCGAGAGAAAGCCGAUUAUUAUCCAAGAAGACGUGUCGCCGAACCUCGAACGGAUCAAGAUCCUCACAUGGAAUAUCCUCUGUGACAAGUUCGCCACGCCCACUCUUUACGGCUACACACCCCCGGCUGCGCUCUCCUGGGACUACCGGAAAGAGAGGAUCAUCCAGGAACUACACGAGAGAGAGGCAGACAUCCUGUGCCUCCAGGAGAUUGCCACCGACGUCUUCCGCGACUUCUUCAGCCCGGAACUGGCACAGGACGGAUACAAGGGGGUGCACUGGCCGAGGCCCAAGGCGAAAACCAUGUCCGAGAAAGACGCGCAGUCGGUCGACGGGUGCGCGGUAUUCUACAAGGCCAGCAAGUGGAUCCUCCUCGACAAGCAGCUUCUCGACUACGCGAACAUUGCCAUCAACCGGCCGGACAUGAAGAACCAGCACGACAUCUUCAACCGGGUCAUGCCCAAGGACAACAUCGGUCUGAUUUGCUUCUUCGAGAGCAGGCAGACGGGGGCGCGCCUGAUUGUCGCAAACACCCACCUGGCCUGGGAACCGACGCUGCCGGAUGUCAAGCUGGUGCAGACAGCCAUCAUGAUGGAGAACAUCACGAAGCUGGCCGAGAAAUACGCCCGGUGGCCGGCGCUCAAAGACAAGAAGAUGAUUCAGCUGCCGGCCGAGGAAGGCGAGGAACGGGCCGACGUGCCCGAGCCUGCCCCUUCGCAAGAGUACCGCAACAACACGGACAUUCCCCUGCUCGUGUGCGGCGACUACAACUCGACCUACAACAGCAGCGUCUACGAGCUCCUCUCCAAGGGUCGCGUCCCUCCCAACCACGCCGACUUUGGCGACCACCAGUACGGCAGCUUCACGCGCGACGGUGUCGAGCAUCCCUUCAGCAUGCGUUCGGCGUACGUCCACCUGAACGGCACUCCCGACGAACUGACCUUCACCAACUACGUCCCCGGGUUCGCCGAGGUGAUCGACUACAUCUGGUACUCGACCAACACGCUCGAGGUGGUCAGCCUGCUGGGCCCCCCGGAUCGUGAUCAUCUGAAGCGCGUGCCGGGGUUUCCGAACUAUCACUUCCCCGCGGAUCACAUCCAGAUCAUGGCCGAGCUGGUCAUCAAGGCGCGGAAGGACAAGAAGAUGGUGCAAGAGCCGGAUUUCGGGUCAUCGAGCAACGAUAGGAAGGGUUGAUCCCCCGAUCUCCUCCCCCCCACCCCAAAAAGAAGCUCGAACGCUGCCCAUUCUUUUUAUUUUUCUUCGGACCGUCAUCCUCUCGUCUUUCCCGUGUCCCCAGAGGUCUCAUGAUCGGUUUUGGUUUGGCUUGGCUUGAGCGUUUGGUU